AUUUGUAGGAGGGGGCAAGUGAAACAGCACUGAUUUCCAAAAAUCUUUUCCUUCUCUGUUGUUUGCGCGUUUUUCAGUUCUCAUUGGCUGUAAAAGUAAUUCUGCCGACAACAGAAUAGUUUCCUCGCUAGCACUGCAUUUCUUCCAGAGGUGGAGACGUGUCUUUGAUAGCCUUUAUAAGGUCAGAGAAGAGUGGUUUGCGAGAAUCUGUUUUUAGGUGAGGUAGUUAUCGGAAUAGCGGGGAGGUUCACAUGUUCUAUUUCAAGGCACGCUCGCGCUCAGGACUUGGCUAGGCUGAGGUUUGCCAGCCUGCAGAGUGCAGUCUACCGAUGCUGCCGCCGCUUGGGUUGCUCGGCAACCGGGACGUAUCAGCCCGCCCGACAUGGCGCAGUGUUCUCACACGGUGCUCCGGCGAGGCAGCAGUCGUGUUGCUCGCUGUUUUGUGUUGUUUCUUCUUGCCGCUGGGACUGGCACAAACAUACGAACAAGUGGACUUUAGCCAGAGCAUUACAGCUAGCAGUACGUGCGGCACUGGCAAUGCCACCAAUCCGGAUGGUUUGUGCGGAGAAGCUGUAUGCCGGCAACAGUGUCUUGGGGGAGCCGAGUAUCUGGAUUUGCUGCAACUCUCGGGACUCGGAUCAACGGAAAGUGCUUUACAAGUCAGUCGUCGGCCAGGAUCACUACUACCCUCAGUGGGGAUCGACAGUGCAGAAAUCACCUCCACAAUCCCACUGGGCACUGCAGAUUUUACCGAUGGGUUCACCGUCACCGCCUGGAUACAUUUGAACAGCUCAGUUACUCCAGAUGGUGAUACUGUUUGGCAAUCCACAUCGCCUGUCACAAGUGACCUACGCAUUGGAGCAGCACCUGCGAACACACCCGACAUAGCUAGCUUGCAGUACAUGUUCUCAGCCGAUGAUGAUCCAAGCCAGUAUGUAGCCCUCAGCACACAGCUCAAUGCAACGCAGCUAAACGAUGGCUGGGUGUUUGUGGCCGUCGUACAUGAUUCAGCCACAUCACUUGUGUCACUGUAUGUGGGAAACAAACUGCAGGACUCGGACUCGGGAACACUAACAAAUGCAUCAUACUACUUUCCUCUGAUUGCCGACACGCAAUUUGGAAUGGGUGGAAGUGCAGUGGCAAUCAUUUCCAGCUUGCAAGAUGUCCUCUUGUUUACAUUUCCAAUGUCAGUCAGCAAUAUCAGCACUCUAGCCAGUGGUGCAGUGUCGCUAUCAGGUGCCACUGUUGAGGCGCAGUGCCUGUGCAAACAUCCUCUAUUGUUCAACCCCACUGAUCAGCAGUGUGCCAAUGACUCCUCUCCUGUGCCAAGGUUUGCCAACACUUCGCAUGGCAUUGGAUUCGUCACCGAUGGACUCGAUUCCACAUCGUGGUACUCAGCGCCUGGCGAUGAGCUCGUCAACGUGACUCUCUACUUCCAAUCACCGUAUAAAACUAUCAACGUAUCGGUGGAGUUUGCACCAAACGCCACUCCUGCUGCCGUAGAGAUUCUUGUGGCAAACGGCAGCUUGAGUACAUGGACACCAGUGGCAACAUUUGCCGAUAACUGUGACGUCAGGUUUUCUGGAUCUGGUAUAGAUUGCCAAGAAAUCCUGAUGACAGCCUCAAACAGAGCUAUGAUCAGCAGCCGGCAGAUUUCGGUCAUGGAGAGCCGCCAGCUCCGAAUAGCUCUCUCCACCUUCGGCUCAAACUGUACAUCAUAUGGGAUCUCAGAGAUUGCAGUGUCUGGCAGUGUAGCUCAGACCGUAGCGACAAAAGUGAUCACUGCUAGUUCGACCACUGGUUCAGUACUGCAGAGCACAGUGACAAGUGUCCCUGUACUCACCAGCACAAGCCCGACUAGUUACACCACACCACUAUUGUCAGCAACACCACCGUCAGUCACAAACACUAGCAACAGUACUGAUCAGUCCUCUGCUACCAUUGUCCAACCACCCACGACUGUGACCGUGCCACAGGUGACUGAAACCAGCAGUCUGCCCGCGGAGACUACCCGAGCAGUGUACAAUAUCUCCAAUGCAACCUCAUCCAGUGCAGUAUACUCCACUGAGCCUGCAGCUACAUCCCUGGACUCGGAAACAUCAAUACCGAUUACAGAACUCAAUGAAACGUACACCUCAGCAACUGUAGUGACCACUAGGAUUACCAGUAGCAUGGAAACUAUACCUUCAACACAGUCUCCCCUGUUGACAACGCCGACUGUUGCCAGCAGUGAAACAUCAAAUGAGACCUUGACUGAACCCGUGUCAACCGAAGCAAGAACAAUUGCAGCAUCAACUAGUCCUACCAUAGCUGCUGCUGCCACUACUCUUACUACUAUGCAGAGUACAAAUGCCAUGCAACCAACCACGGCAUCUGCUUCAUCUUCCAGCACUGCCAACGUGCCAUCUGUAACAACAGCACCAACCAACAUUCCCUAUGACAACGGUACUACAAUACCGCAGUAUGAUUCGACUAGUGAAAUGAAUUCAACCAGUGAAACCCAGCCAACGACAACUCCGGCUGCCACUUCCUUUGCUUCAAGUGCAACCAGCAGCCUAACUACUAUUGCCAGUACUGUGACCAUUGUGGCCACCAGUUUAGACUCAACAACAGUGCUGAAUGACAACGGUACAGAUGAGAAUGCCACAGGAACAGUCACUGAACCGCCAAUGGAGACUAUCACCAUACCCAGCACGAACAGCACCAAUGCAACCAUGGCAACUAUGGCGUAUUCUACCAGCGUAGCAGAGAACACUACUGUCGCUACAACAGUGGAGCCCAGCACCGAGCAGCUGACUACAUUAGCACAGCAUACAACGACAUACGCCAUGCCUUCCAGCACUACAGCGGUGGAGACUGCAACAACAUCAACCCCACUCACAGAGGACACAAACGCUACAACAAUACCUCCAACACAGGAUAGUAAUGUUACAACACUAGCUCCUACACCCGAUGCCACUGCCACGAGUCCAACUCCUGAUAGCAACUUCACGAGUACCGAUAAUGUCACUGAAGGUACAGAAGCAACGUCUCCUACCAGCUCUUCCUAUGUCAUAUCUACCGCUAUCAGCACAGCACAGAUAACGACUGGGCCAAUGACGGUGACACCAGAUCCACUACUCAACACCACCUUGGAACCAACAACAAGUGACACUGGCAAUAUCUCCCUGACUGAGCCAAUGACGGCUGUGGAAAAUGUCACGGACAGCACUGGCACAAUUAUUCCUACCACUAAAGCUGCUCCCACAACUGAAGCAGUUUUUACCACUGUCACGACUGACUUCCCUGCAACAAGUGAGAACGUUACUGACAUGCAGCCAUCUUACAACCAGUCAACUGCAGCAGCUAGCACCACAGUGGCGGUGGUCACAACACUGCCCACAGCUGCAGCUGCCACCACCUUCACUGAUAUCAAUGUCACCGAGCCUACCACGUUUUCCACAUCUGAUGACCAGAAUCUAACUGUCAGCCCAACAGUCACAAGUUUUCCUGUAACAACAGAAGAUACCAAUGUCACGGAUGCUUUGCCUACAAACAUCACCGAACCUUCGGGAAACACCACUGAACCAACCGCAAACACAACUUCACCAGAAGGUACCGUGAGCAGCUCUGCGGCCGCUGGCACAACAUUGCCAACAAUGGUGAGUAGCAGUAACAGUGAGGUCACAGCCUUGACUACACCGCCACCCACUGCCAGUACUACCGAGAGCAUACUACUGCCAGACCACAUAGUCAACGUGACCUAUUGUGAGAGAAACUGCACUGGUGUGGACAAUACCAGCAGCUCUACUGUUAUCCUCGAUCUAUCCAACGUUGCCUUGGGUCAUCUUGUUAACACCAGCAUCACCUACAGCACAGUUGCUGGGAAUGAUGACGGUACGUUUCAGGUGAAUUCUCAAACCGGUGUGAUCACUUGCCUUGGAAAUAUUGAUCGGGAGAGCAACAACAGCAUAACACUAGUUGUCCAGGCGCUGUGGACAAAUGAUGACCAGACGUUCUAUAUGCAGCAAAUCACUGUCGAUAUCACCAUCUGCGACAUUGAUGAAUUUCCUAUCGUGUUUGCCAAUGUCAGUCAGUUUGAAGUAGGAAGCAAUGCACUGCUAGAUACCACCAUUGGUCACCUGAAUGCAACAGAUGAGGAUGCCACUAGUGACGUGGUCUACUCUGCGACUGGGCAGCAAAACUGUACGUAUUUCAUGUUGGAUCCAAACGGUGCCAUUAUCUUGGUGGAGUCGCUCAGCAAUGUGACUGUGUCAGUGACUUGUCUGCUUGGUGUGAGAGCGUACGAUAGCAACAAUCAAGCCACGUCAUAUCAAAGUGCCUAUGUCCGUGUGAACAUUACCCCGGUAGACCCCAAUCCAACAGCACCGUUCUUCAACGAAACCCACUAUGCCGUCACUGUCAACGAAACUACGCCCAUCGGCACAACCGUCUUGACCGUGAUGGCUUCCGAUCCAGACUCCGGUGUAAACGGCGAAGUUGUGUACUCACUCGUAAGUACUGGUGGCACCGGCACGAAUGCUGUGUUCACUGUUGACCCAGUAACCGGUGAGCUUAUCCUUGCAGCCCUGCUGGACUAUGAAAGUGGGCAGCAGCAGUACAACCUUACCAUCCAAGCCACCGACCAGGCAGAGCCUCCGUUCUGGCAAAAGCAUUCAACUGCAUUCAUCACAGUGGAUGUGGGCAAUGACAAUGACAAUCCAGUUGAGUUGGUUGUACCCUCUGUGGUAACACUGCCAGCAAACACCACUGCCAACACGACAGUGCUGCGGCUGACUGCUACCGAUGCAGACGGAAAUGUGAAUUUCCGCUACACUUUGGAACCUGCAGAUGCAUCCAGCACUGUACCACACCUCUUCAGCAUUCGUGCAAACACCGGGCAAAUCACAACAAUCACUGAUCUUCUGUCGUAUCAAGCAGAGAACUUCACAUUCAUUGUGCUUGCCAAGGAGGCCGAACCACCAUACAACGAGGCACGUGCAACGCUGGAAAUUGUGAUACUGCCGGUACCUCCUAGUGCUUCUACUUCUACAGCUAUCCUGCAAGCCACCACUGUAUUACCAACCCAAGCAACAACAGUAGCAGUGCCGCCGGCAAUCAGUACCACCACCACCACUACAGCAGAGCUCACUGUGCUGUUCACGACCGCAGUAGAACCAACGUCGGCGUUCAGUGCCACGAGUACAAGUACAGCAGUGGUGCCGAUAGCAAGCACGGUUGAAGACGUCAGCACAACUUCAACGCCAUUCAUUGAACCGGUGGCGACAUCCGUGAUCACUACUUCUACACCAGGGGUUCCUGAAGUGUCUCCAACAUUGGUGAUCAGUGCUGUCACAUCCACUACCAGUCUAGUAACAGGUAGUAUCUCCACAUCAACUAUUUCUACCGUCUCAUCAUCACCACUUGAACAGACGCCACUGUUCACAACCACUGUGGAAGUUACUUCUACUGUCACGAGUAGCACUGUGUCAACGACAACUGUGGAAACAUCUACUUUUGUUGAGCCGUCGUCAAUCGUGUUGCCUUCAGGAGUCACCUCAUCUACAACUCGACAAGUGGAGGAAUCUGUGUCAACAGAAGCGGCGUCAGAUCUCACCACAGUGUUCUCGGUGCCAUCAGCGGUCACAAGUUCAGAAGAACAGACUGUUUCUUCUACUAGCCUGGUUGAAGCCAGUACUACCUCCUCAUCUCGGUCCGCCACUCCCAUAGUGAGUACGGAGUUCCUCACUACGUCCACUCUUGCCAGUUCAUCGCAAGCCACGACCACAGAAGAUAUUACAUCGAUCUUUGAAGCAGUUUCAUCAAUAAUAUCUGAAACCUCUGUGGAGGAAACGUCCAUUGUUGAGCCGCAACCAACGACCAGCAUACUUAGCACUUCUGAGUCCACGACCGAGAGUCCUAGCUUUAGAGUCACAAGUUUUGAAACAGCAAUUGAAUUUCAGACGAGCACGGAAACUCAGGAGGUGCCGGGCAGUACAACAUUCAUAGCCGUCUCACCAUCACAGUCUGAGGUUGAACCAACUGAACCAUUCCUCACUAGUGAACUCACAAGUAGUGCCAGCACUGUGUCAGAAAGCAGUGAGAUUCUGGAGGAGCCCUCCUCCGCGGUGGUCUACAGUACAACGAUUGCUAUCUCCGCGUCCCCAACACCGGUUGUAAGUGAGUCACUUGCUGCAUCAUCAAGUGAGCCAGCUACAAGCCAAGUAUCUUCAGUUGAAGUACCAUCAAUCGAGCAGUCCCCCGCUAUUACAACUUCCGUUCUAACCCCGGCUAUUGACUUCACCACCGAAAUACUCGAAACCACUGUGGAAUUAGUCACAUCACUCAUCUCCGAAGUCCCAGCAUCUUCAAGCGAACUGUUACCGUUUUCUUCGGAGGUUGCAACUCAGUUGUCCACCGAGAUCGUGGGGAAAACUUCAACAGAAUUCGUGUCUGUGGAGCCAUCGGAAUCCUUCAUUGCAAGUUCCUCCGUGGAGGUCAGCGCAAGCAGCACAAGUAUUGCUCUGGAGAGCAGCAUUAUUAGUUCGAGUGAAGCAUUUGUAACUAGUCAGUUCACAAGCUUGGUUGAGGAAAGCUCUCCCAUCUUGUCGUCAGUCGUCAGCGAGAUAUCCAGUCUGGUUCAAGCCAGUUCUUCUGAGCUCCUCUCGACCCUGAGCACGGAUGUGCUUUCAACGCAGAUAUCCCAGUCAAUACCUUCAUCAUCAUUGCUGGAGGAGCCGUCAUCUGCAGUGGGAACUAGUAGUCUUCUUCUAUCUCCAUCAUCUUCUGAAUCAACAGUUGAGGUUGAAACUAGUUUGUCAUCCAUUCAACUGAGCACCAGUGCUGUUCAGCCGACAAGUGUCAUUGGUGAGGAGGAGACAUCUGUAUUCUCGGUAUUUCUUUCAACUUUCACAACAGAGUUCUCUGCACCAAUCUCCACGGCAGUAUUCCUUGAGAGUACGGUAAGGGAGGAAAGUUCAGUGGCUUCCACCGUGCAGGAGUCAUCACCCAUCGCAGCAGUGACAUCAUUGUUCUCCUCGGAAGGGGUGGAGCAGUCGAGUCAAGUGUUCCCCGGCUCGUCUUCAGAAUUUACUGUGGGUGUUCCAUCAAUCAGUAGUAUAGAGGGGAGUGUGUCUAACGAGCUAUCCACAUCAGUGCUGACUAGCUUGUUUGAGUCAUCAACACCCAUUGAGAUUAACACACUAGCACCGUCAUCUGUUGAGUCGACGAUUUUCUCCCAAGUUACCUCUCUUGCCGUUUCUUCCAGCGAGAUUGUUGCCAUUUCAACAGAGGUGCCUUCUACUAGUGAGGUGUUCUCCACAUCAAGUGAAGCUUUUGCCUCAUCCCAAACCAGCCUGGCACAAAGUUCUGUUGUGUACCUGGCAAGUUCGACCUCUUUGAGUAGUAUCCAGCCAUCGACUGCGGUGGCCAUACCAUCAUCAGUUCUCCAAUCUGCUCAACCGUCAGUUACUUCAAUCUCAUCAGAACUUGUCGAAGAGGAAUCCUCUACUGUCCUACCCAUCACAUCAUCAUUAUUCAUCACCUCUGUAGCGAUUACGUCAUCAGCAGUGCAGACCAGUGUGGUUCCAACGGAAGUGACAACGACAGCGAUACCAGCAACAGUAACACCUACCCCUACUGUCCCACAGAUUGUACGUUUACAAGCUAAUGUUAGUGUGGACUGGACACUAACUGGUACUGGAUAUCUGCUGCCAUCACCAUGUACAACACAGGACUCAGCGACCUCUCGGCCCAACGCUACCGUGCAGUGUUUCGGCCAUUUCAUCAACAAAUUGCCUGGAUCAACCGGUGCCAUCUCUGCAACGGCCGGCUCACGUACUGAUUCAGUGGCAUACACAAGUGACCUAUCACCAGCCAGCAGCUUGGUGGCCACGUUGCUGAAUAACAGAGUGUGGCAUGACGGCAGAACUGUGUACGCAACUGUUCAAGUCCGUGAUGCAAUGAACGGAACUAGAACAAAGAGCACCACUGUUACCAUGCAGAUAUCACUAGUCCCAGCUACAGGAGUUCCAAGUGUCCGUGGUAUAUGUAGCACAAGCUCCACGGAUGGAACUUGCCUGCUGUCAGCAAUGCUGCCGCUGCAAGCAUUCUCUGCGAACGGGAGUAGCGCUAUGGCAAGCUUCUAUAUCGGUGAUGGUAGUAGCAGCAGCAGAUCAGUGACCACCUUGUCAGAUACUAUCCACAUAAUGCCAUCACCGCAGCAGUACGCUAUUGACAAUGACAUCUUGGUGCGGCUAGUCACAAGAGAGGUGUAUGCAGGUGAGGAAUUUACCGUGCAGAUUUGGGGAAGAACCGGCUAUGACAUCAGCACAUUCCAACUGCAGCUCAUUCUCGGUGCUAAGCUCACUUUAGUACGCUUCAAUGUUGAUCCUGACCGCUGGGUACCGGCAGCUGACGGUACAUCCCUGAAUGCUUACAAGACUCCGUCGUAUAUAACACGUGUGGCGAGAACAGACAAAACCAAUCUAGAGCAUUUGGCCAAUGCAACGGUGCGUGUUGAAUUGAGUUUGCCUCUGAAUGUGAGGCAGCUGUCCAUAUCCUGUCAGGUGGUGGAGCUUGUGAACACUGUGGGUUAUACGUAUGCCAGUCUAGCUUCACCAUUGAUGGCUCUUGUGGCUGAUCGUCAAGGAUAUCAACAAACCAGUGGUUAUGUGUGGGUCAGCCGGCCACGCACCGUAGCACUAACUGUUAGCCAGAACGUAACAGACAUUGUCAACACGGCCGUGCUGGAUGGUCAGCCUGUGAGCGUCCUGCUCGCUCUGAAAUCGUGGAGGGAUGACGGCUCAGCGGGAACCGUGGUGACGACAACGCACAACUGCAGUGUCACACCAGCUGGUGUUCUCCAGCUGAGCUCAGCAUGUAACGUUGCGUAUGUCAAUGGCAGUGAGACUGUUGACACAUCCACCGCAACUGUACAGCUGUGCUAUGAAGGUCUCUGUAUUGGAACGCAGUUAAGGAUCUGGAGACCUAACCGGACAGCAAUACAGCUAGAUGAUCCUCUGCUUAAUGCAAUACACGACUGGAGAUCUCUUAACUGUACACAGCUCUAUCAGCAAUCAGCUGUACACGUCUCAGUCACAUUCAGCUAUGGCUCCCUGGAGAACUUCACCGCCGAUUUGACACACUUGCUGGCUAGUCGGCUGACCAGUUCAGAUCUAUCCGUUGCGCGUGUGACAGUGCAAGGCAGGAUACAGGGAAUCGGUCCCGGCACUGCAUGGCUCUCACUGAGUAACAGUCAAACACUGCAUGCAUCAGUAAGUGUCACUACCAGCACACAGAUGGUUGACUGCAUUGGUCUAUCUGUCCUCACCUUCACCGAGCUGCAAGUCACGACGUCUGGAGCAGGCCCUCCGUACUCAGCACAAUCAAGUCAAACCGCCCGUGCCACAACCUCACAACUACUGGACUACGAGAGCAAGGCAGCUGAUGUCCAGGUCUCAGCUGUGUUCUCUGAUGGAGCACACUCACUACUGGACAUGUACGACUCUCUGGACUAUUAUCUCAAUGCAACGGACAGUCGCACGGUUCGAACAGACGGAUCUAGAACGAAUGUCCGUGCUGGUUAUGUAUCAGGUUCAGGCGAUCUUCUUAGGGCCAGUGCAUGGUCCCGAUGUGAUGCUCAGCGCCGAGUGAUUGCAACUGGUUAUGGAUAUGUCAGCGUGGAUCUGCCCGCACCACACACAGUAACCGUGACUGGCUAUCAGACUAUAAUGACACUUCCUGGUGAUCUGGCAUCGAUGCCACAGUCAGGUGCUUUGGCAACAUCUAGCCCUCUGCUGGUGAAACUAGUCUUCCCCGGGGGCCACCAACAGGACUAUACCACAGAUAGCCGUACAGUCUAUUCGGUAUCCGGUGUGCAGCUGCUGCGACACUCAAGUGGUGUUAGUGUAAUUGCAAACAGAACAGGACUGGCCAGGGUCAAUGUCUCCUUCACGAGCACCAAUCUCACCAUGUCCAUCAGUAUCAAUGUCGUCGUUUACAGCACUCUCCGACUCACCUCACACCCGUACCCGACAAGCACUGCAGCGCCACAAGACACCGAGACAGUCCUCAGUCCUCUCUCAACCACUGGCCAGUGGCAACGGGCAUCCUUGAGAGCACUGCUCGUACUGAGCGAUUCUUCUACAAUUGAUGUGACCAAUGAUCGUCUGACAGGCUUUAAUGCAUACUACGACGAGUCUGCGACUAUGGCUGCCAGCGCUAGUUCAGUGGGUAUUUCAUCAACUGGUAUUAUACAGACAACUGGCAAGUAUACUGGAAACGUUUCACUUGUUGGCAAAUUUUCAACUGGAUACAAUAUGCCACCAUUGAAAAUGUCCAUCCACCCGGUACCUAUCGAAGUCACGUCUCUGAAGCAGGUUGUUGCGUCAAAGCCCCUGUUCUCUGGAGAACGGGGUAUGGCUUGGCAAUACAUAUCGGUGGAUGCUGAGCUGGGCGACGGAAUCACCUACCCAUCCGUCUUCAAUGGAAUCCUUGCGCUGCCGCAACUUCUGAAGAUCUCCUCAACUGACGCGCAUGCCAUUUUAGUCGACCAGUUAACGGGCAGAUUGACACUGAAUGGCAAUGCACCAGAACCCGUCAAGGUUACCGUGUCUCCAGCAUCGGGAUCAUCAAUGGCACCACCGCAGACUGUCACCAUCACGUGCAACUUGCAGCCAGGACAUGGAGAUGCAGACAUUGGUGAUAGCAGCGGUGUUGCUGUGAAACCAGUCCGGGUGGGCAGCCACUUUACCGUUCCAGUGCGCGUGAACACGGCUGGUGAGGGUGUUGAUGCUGUCAACCUAGACAUAACGUACGACAGCAGUGCACUCAGCAUAAACUCGGUCGUAAGUGGUGCUGGCUGGAACGGGGGCCAGUUCCUCGUAAACCUGAAUGAUCCACCUGGUGUGGCAACUAUUGGCGGGCUGCCUCUGAAGCCGCAGGGCGCUGGCUUGGAAAUUGCUGUUUUGAACUUCACUGCGCUGCAAGCUGGCAUGACUCCAAUCUCCGGUCUAUCCAACACGCUCAGCUCAAGCAACCUUGCGCUGGACGUUACAAACACGCAGUUCAUCGCCGGCAAUGUCAGCAUGAUCGUGACUGAUGGCAGUCGUCGUCGCCGUAGCAACCAUCGUCGGUCAUCAUCACAGGAUGCCACGCUAACCAAUAUGCAUACGACUAGUGGUUACCAACAUCAUCGUCAUCGGCGAAGCAUGGCCUGUACAACCCGUCCACCGUGUGCUGUGUGCCCAAGUGGCCGGCAGGCAGGUGACACGAAUGGAGACUGUGUGUUCGAUCUGAAGGAUGCCAGCUACCUACAGCGCUAUGUGUUGGUCAACCGUACUGGCUUUAGCACAGACCUAGGAAAAAUGAUAGCAAACGAAACGCAACCAUUUCAGAUUGCGGAGAUGGAUCCUGAUCUUGAUGGCCAUAUUGAUACCACAGAUGCCUCCACUCUGGCUAGGAUCGACUUUCGACUGCUGAGAUUUGUCAGCAACCUGAAUGUCACUGUAUUGCCAUCAUACCAAGGCCCGACGGUAACUAAUUAUAGUUGUGAAAUAGUAGUGCAGACGCAGCUGAGUAGCGGCAAGACAGCUACGGGUGCUGUAACUACGGAUGACACCUAUCUCUUUGUAGACUUUGCUCACAGCAACCCCCGCUUCCAGCAAGUCUUCAAUAGCAUCAACUUCUCCUCACCAGUAGUUGUCCAGGACAAGGGGAGUUCCCUGUAUGGUGGCAUUGUCGAAGCAAGCGACAAAGGCAAUGGAGUGUUUGAAGUGAGAGGUGCAAUCUCAGAGCUGAAUUUCACCGGAAUCGGCAUCAGCUUGUUCCAAGUGACAAUCAAUGCACGGAAUGAGUCAUCUGCCAGUCGCCAAGAGAACUUCCUAGGCUACACGGCACCCAACACUGCUCGUGCUUAUCCCUACAAUGCUAACUUCACAGUCUCACCGUCUUCCCUCAAGAAUGCUGUGCAACAUACGGUUAUCAUCGAAGGUGGCUAUGAUCCACUGCAGGUAUACUCAAGGCCUAUCAACUGUAUCCUGCCCACUCCUGCACCAACAACUGCAGCAGUUACUAGCAGAGUUACCACAUUACCAACUAUCACACCGACAACAUCUAGAGUGCAGACUACAACUCCCAUCUUAACCUCACCAUCCACUUCUCCAACCAAUGCUCCAACCACAGCCCUGACUAGUGCAGCCACAUUGCCGGAGACAACAAACCCAACAACUAGUCCGAUGACUACUCCAACUACCGCACCAGCUACUACAGCUAGAACAUUGAUCACAACACCAACUACAAUCUCUUCAACUCCAGUAGGCACAACACCAAGUACGCCACCAGCUACAACACAGAUUACAGGUGCCCCAAGCACUGCACCAACCACCAUACCUACUACACCGACAAGUUUUCCAACUACAGCUUCGACAACCACACCAACAACUACACCCAGUACUACUCCGUCGACCGCACCAACCACAGCUCAACCAACCACAGCUCAACCAACCACAGCUCAACCGACCACAUCUCGACCCAGCACAGCUCAGCCCAGCACAGCUCAAUCAACUACAACUGAGUCAACCACUCCAUCAGCAACACCUGCCCAACCCAGUACAGUACCUUCAAGUAGCUCAAACCCUGUCACUGUUACAACAACAACAACAACUGGGUCAUCUGCCAGCAGUACCGGAGCCAUCAGUACCAGUAGAAGGGUCACAAUGCCAGCUUCAAGUUCUGCUGCUCCACCUGAUACUUCCCAACAAGCAACUAGCCUGCCUGUCCAGUCAGGCACGGACCAUAUUACCACAGCAGCUGCAGCUGCAUCGUCACAGGCCACCAUGUCAGCUACUCCACAAGCAACUAACACACCUGCUUCUGCAUCGUCGGAUCUAGGAGCAGUGGAGCAAACCACUGGCGUUCCAGUUACGCUGGUCACAACUAUAGCUGCCAACCACACGACAACACUCAGUGGUGGUGGGUCUGAUUCCGGUGGUGGUGGGGGACUAUGGUGGAUUGCUAUCAUUGUCAUGGUACUUCUUGUUGCGGCUGUUCUCAUUGCGGUGGUGAUUAGACGAAGAAGGAGAGAAACGUUUGACCUACGGAAGUCCUUCUCCAAGGUUUCCACGAAGAACUUCGACACGUUCACCUCUCGUCGAGGCAGCAAGACCAGCAAUGGUUCGGACUAUUGGACAAGACAAAAUGGUGGCUAUGAAAUGGAAGAACGCUACCGGUCUCCAUAUGAAUCAAGUCCACUCGGCGACCAAGAGGAAGAGGAUGAAGCUGAAGUGGAGGGGUUCAAAGUCGAAGGCCGCCGCUCUGGGAAGUUUGAGAAAGUGACGGACUUGGACACGGUGGUGGUGAAGACGGAUGACAUGCGCAGCGCUGCGUCCUGGGUCUUCCACCCGAUCAGCAAGGAGACGCAAGAUGCCAGCAAGAACAGGGCCAUGCUGGCCAACGCAGCUGCAGAAGCUCAGGAGUCAGCCGCAGAAAUGGUCGAGAAGGAAGAGAGUACUCUGGAAGAGACUGGCAUAGAGGAUGCCGACUUACAUGAUGGCAAUGACAGUAAACUACCAAUCUUUGCUGCGACAGAAAGUGGACUUGACGAAAAGCGUAAGAAACUAAUAAAGACAACCUCUUUCAUGGAAGAUACACCUGUCCAGACAAAGGAAGAGAAGCUUCUUCAAAGGACGAGGUCCACUCCGAUAAAGAAACAUGAAAGAGAUCAACUGGAGGUUCAGGAGACAACGUUCUUCUCGCGCCAACCGUCCCCUAUUCUGCCGCGAUCGGGCGGCACAACGCCACAAGCAAGCCCUCAGAAACGGCCCCGUGCAAGCACGAGCAGUGAGCUGGUAGACAAUCCCUACUCAGCCAUGCGGAGUCCAUUGAAUAGCAGUAUGCAGCCAUUGCUGGUCAAGUCAACGGCAAGCAGCGCUGGACCCUCACCACAGGACACUCCAAUACGAGGACCAAGUCCGUAUGCAGCUGAGGAAACACUCCGCCAGUACGAGCAACUCCGAGAAGAGAGGCAGCGUGUCUUGCGCCAACGUGGCGAGGCAUUCGAGGCCAUUUGGAAGCAAGCACGCUGGACUGGCAAGGAGUCUGAGCAAGAACCUGCAUUCAACAGCUUGCGCCGCAAGAUGGAAGAGAAAAUGCUGAAGGAGCAAGACACUGACUUCUCAAAUAGCUUGAGGAAACGUUUGGAUGAGAGGCUGCAGCAUGAUCACCGGCGACCGACAACGUCUAGUGUCAGAAAGCACUGCAAGACACAACAGCCCACAAGCAGAGUGCGAAAGGAAGCCUCAUUGAAAGAUAUCGAUGACACCGAUCCAUCUGCUUUCUUUCAGCGUGCAAACAUCGGUGUGCAGCCAGAUGGAUUCCAGACUGAAGAGCAUCGGAACUCACAUAUGCUGGAGAUGGCCAAGCUGGAGGAAGAAAGAGCUCGUCUGGAAAGGGAACGCGCUCGCUUCGCCGAGGAACAAAUGCGCCGCAAUGACCUCCUGCGAACACUGGAAGAAGAGCGGUACGCAUCGAAUACCUAUGCUGGUGACGAUCAUUUUCAGCCUAUACAACGAUCCCGGCGACACUACUCCGACCACUUGUCCUAUAAUGAUCAUCUUCAACGGUAUGGUAGCAGCAAUGCAGAUGCAGCAGCAGCAGACACACGUCGCUAUACCAGUUCCGGCGUUUCCCCAUACUCCAGGUCUACUGAUCUCUCUAUCCUGGAAGAGCAGCUGCCACCUGUAGAAAUGCAGCAGCUGCCCGAGGAACGGGAAUCGCCACUUCAGCAGCAGCGGCAGCAGCGGCAUGCUGAGCAACUUCAGAGUGCUAACUACCGUGCUGCUGGACAAAGCCGCCGUCAAUCCAGUAGUAGUCAAUCACGGCAUGUUGAUCUUCAACACCUUGAGGAACAGCUACAAAUAGAUGCCCAGCUGAGAGUAGAAGAGCAAAUGCGCCACUUUGUUCAAGGUCCCGAGGCGGGCCUGCUUCCUGCCGACAACGAACAUCAAAUCGACAUGCCUCCGACUAACUCCUACGCUGCUGGAAAUGAUGGCGUCGUUUUCUUUGAUGAGUCGCCCGCACCAUCAGAACAUGAGUUGGAUCUAGUGUUUGAGCACCAUCAGUUCGACGACCAUGCUCAUAGCAGAAAGCCUAGAGUGAUGCAGCUGGACGAGCCACUGCCGCCACGAAGCCAAGGCAGUCAGCCGGCAAGUGCUCACGGUACCUACGACUCUCGCUUACCACCAGAUGCGGAAGACUUGGAAGCUGUGCACUUUGGUGGUGACUCACUGGACAUGGGGCAUAAUCCACAGCGGCAGCCUCCGCCUUUCUUCACCCCGCAGGGCACACUGGAGUUCCAGUAUCACCAGCCUCCUCCAACCAGUCACUCAUUUGCUCCAGACGAGGAUGAUGACCUGGGUGAGGUGGUCCUAUUUAUGUAGCAGAGUCACAGCCAGCUCAAGAGCAGUGAGUCCGCACUACAUCAAGCUAGAUGGUCCUGAAUGAGUUAAUGCUGCCACCCACUAUCAGAUACAGACAUGAUGACCAGUGUUCCUAAUAUGUUCGUGAGAGUGUAUUUGACCAAGACAUAGCACAGCUAUGAUUCCGAUGACUUGACUCCGGUAAUGAUAAACAACAUUACUAUGUUGAGAUCUCGCUUCCUUUACUGCACAAUACUUGAUAACCUUGCCUACUAACGUUACACUGAGCACGCUGCGAUGAAGUGACUGUGGUCGUGCAACUCUACACUAAGUUAUACAUAAUAUACAAGAACAGCUUGAUUUCUUACAUGAUGAACUGCAUGCAGAGCUUAUACUUAGAAGGACGUGUUUGAUAUUUUAAUUUACAAUUUCCAUGGUAUUGCCAAAGGAGUGAUCUCCUAAACCCAGAGCUUGUGAACUACCCGUGCUAAGACAGGGGACAGACACCA